AUGGCAACCGAUUUUGAGUCUCGUCGACACCAGGAUUCAGGGCCCAAGACAGAUCUUUUCAAUCACGAUAAAAUGAAGUAUGAAACAGAGCUAGGAGACUCAGAGCCUGUUGCAGCAAACGGCUUGCUCGAAGCCUUGGGCUAUGAGCCUGAGCUCACCAGGAACCGUUCAACUCUUCAGGUGGCCUUCAUGUCCUUCGUUCUCGCAUCCAUCCCUUAUGGAUUAGCUACCACCUUCAUAUACCCUCUCGUUGGAGGAGGCCCAGUGAAUAUCAUUUGGGGCUGGCUGAUUGUUUCAAUAAUUAUCCUCUGCGUUGCCUUAUCUCUUGGCGAGAUUACUUCGGUAUAUCCCACUGCUGGUGGUGUGUACUAUCAAUCAUUCAUGCUGUCGCCGCCGUUCUGCCGCCGAAUCAUCGCCUGGAUCUGCGGCUGGUCAUAUGUGGUAGGAAAUGUCAUGAUUACUCUCGCAGUGAAUUUUGGUUCUGCCCAAUUUCUGAUUGCUUGCGUCAACGUUUUCGAGGUUUCACCUGGAGUCGGCAUUUUCGAAGCGACAGCGUACCAGACCUUCUUAAUCUUCCUAGCCAUUACUCUUCUAUGCAAUACCGUCUCCUCUAUGGCAAACAAGUGGUUACCUUAUAUUGACGUGAGUCCCCUCCAGGCUCAAACCUCCAUAUCACUCGUUGACAUCCGUUGUCUUUCAGACAUUUGCCAUUUUUGGACAUUUGCUGGAAUCCUAGCUAUCGUCAUUUGCACCUUGGUCGUUGCCAAGAACGGUAGACACGAUGCUGAAUAUGUGUUUGGAAACUUUGAGCCUCAAUCAGGCUGGCCCGUAGGCUGGUCUUUCUGUGUUGGCCUCCUGCAGGCUGCAUACACAACUUCCUCAACUGGAAUGGUUAUCUCUAUGUGUGAGGAAGUCCAGCACCCAUCGAAGCAAGUACCAAAAGCGAUUGUUGGCACUGUCAUCUUGAACUCACUGGCCGGAUUUCUGUUCCUCAUUCCCUUGGUAUUUGUACUGCCCGACAGCCAAGAACUGAUUGCCCUGGUAUCCGGCCAGCCGGUUCCAACUAUCAUGAAAUCCGCCGUUGGCAACUCAACGGGCGCGUUCCUUCUUCUCCUGCCCUUAAUCGUUCUUUCUCUUAUUUGCGGUAUUGGCUGCACGACUACUGUCUCACGAUCAAUAUGGGCAUUUGCACGAGAUGGGGGAAUUCCAUACUCUAGCAAGUGGAGACAAGUGAACAAGACGCUCGAUGUUCCCUUCAACGCCAUGAUGCUCGGUAUGGUACUGCAAAUUGCACUUGGCCUCAUCUAUUUCGGGUCAAGUACCGCGUUCAAUGCCUUCUCUGGGGUGGGCGUCAUCACAUUGACCGUCAGCUACGCUUGCCCCAUUGCAGUCUCCUUCUUGGGAGGUCGGAAGCAGAUCAAGAAUGGCGAAUUCGAUCUGGGCAAACUGGGAGCAGUGUGCAAUGUUGUAGCACUAGCUUGGAGCAUACUUGCUGUUCCCCUAUUCUGCAUGCCCGCUUCAAUUCCCGUCACUGCGGAAACCGUUAACUAUGCUCCUGUGGUUUUCGUCGCCUUUAUACUUAUCGCCUCCGUUUGGUACUGGGUCUGGGGAAACAAAAAAUACGUCGGGCCACCCACAGCCGAUGAUGCUGUGAUUGACAUUCGGUUUUCAAGCGAGUGA